AAUGGUAACACAUUACUAGGGAGCAUUUUCCUAUUUCAGAAUUGGAAACAGAGAAAGCAAACCUAAUUACAUACAUGUAAUCACUCAGUGGCUACUUGUGAGCAGGGAUGUAAUAGAAAUUCAAAGUGAUUAUACAAGAGGGGGAAAAUAAGAGGGCAUUAAACGAAGUCUGUUAAACUGAAGAGCUUGAGGGAGAAUAGCAAUAAAUAUAGUAGGAGAAGCAGCAACACAUUCUGUUACAAAAAAAUAUAAGUGGUUGAAGGGCAUUGGAAGAACUGGGUGGGGAGCAAGGGGUUUCAGGGAAGGACUGAGGAGCAUCAGCAGAGCUGUGUGGGGAGCCCAGAUUACAAUACCAGAUGGAGGGAUUGGAGGGCAGGUUGGAGAUGCAUCAACAGAGGCCCAAAAUUGAAAAGGCACCAAUGGAGGAGUAAUGGACACUGUAUUAGAAAUGUGUUCCAGUACUUCUCCCAUGCCUGCCCACUCUGCACAGGAGGAGCUUCCCAGAUCAAUUGGAAAUAAAAAAAAAUUAGUUACUGGUAUCUUCAGUGGUCCUCCUGCAGUGAUUGAAUAGUAUCUGAGUUCCCUUUAGAAGAGGAAGAAAGAGAGUAACAUAAAGAAACAAACACAAAGAGAUGAACAAACACAAGUGGAGAGAAACAGAGAAAGAAACAGCCAGAACAGUGUGAGAGAAAGGAAGAAGACCUGGGCUUCAGCAAGAGGUGGAAUAAAGAGAAAGGGGAUCACCCCUAUUCCCUUCCCUGAAUUGAGGAUUGGUGAGGAUGCACUAAACAUAGGAAAGAAGGACGGACUGUGGGUUGCAUGUGAAAGCAGAGACCUCUCUAAUUCCUCAUGGGGGCCCAUAGCCUGGCCGUGACCUUCUUUACCCUGGCAAGUCUCUUGUGGUUUCCACAAGUACAAUGUGAGGAGGUCUGUGUGAACACUGAACAAUGCUCAACCACUAACUGGGUCCACCUCUGGUACAUCUGGCUGGCGGUAGCUAUUGGUGGGCUUCUACUCUUGUGUGGCAUAGUCUUAACCUGUGUGAGGUGCUGCUGCCUUAACUGUUGGAGGGCUGGAGAAGAACCAGUUCCUCACCCGUAUGAGGUUACAGUCAUCGCCUUUGAUCAUGACAACACCCUCCAGAGCACAAUUACAUCUCUCCACUCUGUGUUCGGUCCUGCUGCCAGGAGGAUACUGGCCGUGGCACACUCCCAUAACACUGUACAAGGAGCACCACCCCUUUGUGGAUCAGAAACCCCUCCAGUGUAUGAGGAAGCCCUACGCAUGAGCAGGUUCACUGUGGCCCAAGCUGGACACAGAGCCACAGACUUCGCCUCGAUACCAGAGGAAAAACAACAGGCCUCAGCUGAGAAAGAAAAUUCACAACCAAAUCUUCCAUGAUGCUAUCACUUCUGACUUUAUUCAGCAGAAAAUGGGCACAUCUACAUGUGUACUUUACUGUACAUUAACCUAUUUAAUGAGCAUUAAAACAUCACUAAAAAACCAU